UGGUGAGGACUGUCAGCUCUGAGUGUACCUGCCUCCGUAGGGCACCCCUCAUUUCUCACCAUGGACCCAGCUCAGGCGGCCGAGACGGCCGGAGCAGUGGCCGAGAAAAUGUUGCUCUAUCGAAAGGAUGAGAGUGGAUGGAAGACGUGUAGGAGCGGCAAAGGAGUUACAAUUUCUUGGAGGCCUUCUACGGAGUUUCCUGGGAACCUGUACAAAGGAGAAGGAAUCAUAUAUGGCAUCCCUGAAGAGGUUUGGAAAUUCUUAGCCCCAGCAGAUAAUGGACUACGGGCAAAAUGGGAUGAUAAUGUGAAAGACUUUCAUGUUCUUGAAUUGAUCAAAGAUGAUCUCUUCAUUACCAGAACAAUCACACCAUCAGCUGCCAUGAAACUUAUUUCUCCUAGAGACUUCGUAGACCUGGUACUAGUCAAGAAAUAUGAUGAUGGGACUAUAACUUCUAAUGCUACCUACGUAGACUAUCCACCUUGUCCUCCACAAUCAGGUUAUGUGAGAGGGUUUAAUCAUCCAUGUGGUUGCUUUUGUGAACCUGUUCCAGGGGAGCCAAACAAGACCCACGUUGUCAGUUUCUUUCAGACUGAUCUCAGUGGCUACCUUCCCCAGAAUGUGGUGAACUCCUUUUUCCCUCACAGUAUGGCUGAGUUUUACAAUAAUCUUCAAAAAGUAGUGAACAAACUUCAAGAAUGACACUCUUCUCCAUGGAAAAACAUCCCAUUUAACUCAUUCAGAAACUGGAAUUAUUGGGACACAAGUGACUUGGUAAAUAGCAGAACUCUGAUUGGGGUUUGUGUUCUAAAAAUCAACAAGCAAACAAACAAGCCAACAAACAAACAAAACCAGAAGAAGAAAAUGAAGCUAUCCAACAAAGAUUUCUUUCCUUGACACCAGCUACUAACAUAUUUCCUUUUCUCUUCCACCUUCUCCAUGUCCUUCACCAAAAAAAAAAAAAAAAAAAAAAAAAAAAAAAAAGGAAAAUGGAAAGCAAAAGAAAAGGAAGCAGAUUUGUAAAGUCUUUUAACGAAUAAGAUAUCUUGUCUUUGGCUUUAUUGGCAUUUAUUUAUGGGUGAUUCCUACACAGUUAAUAUGGAAGUAGUUUUGAAUUUUGAAUGAGAAAACAUGGUUUCAAACUCUGGUUUUGCUAUUUACUAUCUGUGAUAUUUUGUAUCAUUUGAUCCUUCUGGGCCUCAAUUUCCUCGUCUAUAAAAAUAAGGGAAUUCAGCCUGGAUGAUAUUUAAGACUUCUUCCAGUUCUAAAUGAACAAUUCUAAGGAUUAACUCUAAUAGAAUUUCAUACUUCAGUGAUAAUUACAUUGAUCAGAUUAUUUUUUUAUGCACUGAGGAAAUAGAAAUUUAAUUAAGAUAGAAAAGUGAUUUGGGAAUAGAAGGCACUAUGCAGUAAGACAGACCCUAUUUGGUUAUGCAAGGGCUACCAAAGGUAAAAUCUACCUGAUUUUCAGAUUUAUUGGGAUCUUGCUGUUUGAUUUGUUAGAUUUUUGUGUAAUGCUUAUAUAGCUAGUCUUUUCCUCCUUGUGUUUUAGUAGUUGGUUCUUUUCCCCAUUUAUAAUUACCCUGUAUUUGUCUUUUUUGAACUUUAAGAAGCUUCUAUGAUGUUUUUGAAAAAGCACUGAAUCUAGUCAUCUCUGAGGCUACAGCUUCUCUACCUCUCUGAGAGUCCAUUUCUCAUUUGUAAAAAUAGGAAUAAUAACACCUGUUUUAACUUAAAGAUACAAUGAGAAUGUAUUUGUAAGUACUUUACAACCUCGAUAUUCUCUAGCAUGAAUAUUUUAUUUUGUCUUUUUUUUUUUUUGUCCAGACCUCCAGUUUGUGAACAUUAAUAUAAGAUCUUAAAGUUGGAAGGGACUUCAAAUAUCUAGUACAAUCCCCCCUUAGAUUUAGAGUAUGAAUUCUAUUAGCAACUAAUGCUCAAUCAUUCUCUUUUGGAACCACAUUAAAGUUAGAGAAUUUAUUACUUUCAGAGGAAAUACAUUCUACUUCUGAGUAGCUUUAAUUAUAAAGAAUUUUUUUUCCUUGUUCUGUGCUGAAUUUUACUUUUCAGUGACUUCGUAAUUUUAUUCUCUUUUGUUUUUCCAAGGAAACUUCUAUCCCAUGUCUCAGAUUAUUUUGUUAUCUAUAAACUUUAUCAACAUACUUGUUUUGUGUUUAUUGCCAAUUUCUACAGGAAGUUACUUAUGUUUAAUUGAUUGAUCCUGAUCUAUUAUUAUCCAUUAUUUGACUCUAACCCUUAGCCUACUUGUGCAACCUCUGAAGAGUUAUGUGGUCUGAGACAUAGUUAUAAAAUGUUCCUGUUUAAAUGUGGUCUCAGUUGAAUUUGUAAAUUGAUUACAAAGUGUUUUCUUAUUCAUGUACAUAUCUUAUAUGUAAAAUUUAAUUGUUGACUAAACCAUUUCAUGAUGCUUAAAAUGGAAAAGAGAGAUUAAGGUUGAUGGUGUAUGAUAGCCUUCUCCAUGUAUUUCAAAGUGUAGCACAUGAAUUAGGGUUUAGACUCGAUAGAUGUCUCAAAGAAUAAAAGUUUCAAAAAAGCAAAACUUAUUAACAAUUAGAACUACCCAAGGAUAAAAUGAGGUCUUUUGAAAUGCUAUGCUCCUCUACUCUCUUUGAAGGGUCCAAGAGAUAGAUGAACACCCACUUGGGUUAUGUUGAAGUCUUGUUCAAGUCAGGAGUGGACUAGAUAUGACCUCUGAGGAACCUUUCAACUGAAAGUUUGUGAUAUAAAAUUUAGAUGAACAGUUAUAAGGAUUAGACUUGUGAUUUCACUGAUGUGGGGAACUUCCAGAUAAGGAAAUAUUCUUACCAAUGAAGAUCCACUACUUUUUAGCAAUUGAUAGUUCUCAGAGCACUGAGAAGUUAAGGGAAUUGCUCAUGAUUACAUAGUCGGUAUAUAUCACAGGAAGAACUUGAAUCCUGUUCUUGCUGACUCUUGAAAUAACUAGAUAACAUGCCUGUUAUCUAGAGGAGUAGGUAUAUAAUGUGGGAAGGGUUAAAGUAAUUGGUUGAUUCCCAACUUGUUGGUCUAAUCAAGAUGUAAAGAGAUUAUUAACUUUGCUGAAGGGAACAGACUGGAGAAGCUUGGGGGAUUCUAUGUGGGUCUGUGAUAUAGCUCAAGUCUUUCACUUUUGUUUUAGUGAGCUGAGAGUUGAAUGAUCCUCUGCCUUUCUCCAUGUCUUCACUUGACAGUGAUAAUUGCUUAAUCUAAGCAUUUCCAGGGUGAAGAAUAUGGAUAACUGCCUCAUUAAAAUUCUGCUUUUGUUCA